AUGGUGAUCGAUGCGCACGACUACACGUUCGUGAACUUCUACGCGGAUUGGUGCCCCCACUGCAGGGCGUUCGGGCCCACGUGGACCUCUUUCGAGGAGAAGCUGAACAGCGCCGAGGAGCCCGUCGUGGACGCCGACGGGAUGAAGGCGAACGUGAGGGUGCUGAAGAUUAAUUGCGUGGAUUUUGAGGAUUGCCUGGUCGGGAAGGAGCUCAGGGUUGGCCUGGACAGAAUGCGCGUUGAGGGUGUGCACCUGGCGUUCCCCAAGAGAUGUCACCCGUGCUGGCGGCGCAUACCACGGGCCAGGAAGAGGGAGUUCCGGAGCAAGUACGGGGAGUCCAAGCGCCAAGCCAGAGGCUUCCGCCGACCUCCAGGGGCCACUGGUCCGAAGCAUCAGCUCCGCCGCUCUCUUCUUUUAACUACACCCUGGAGCUCCGAGAAGUGA